UGAAAAUCAGCUUGUGUAUCGGAAAAUGCUGGACUCCACUCCAUCUGCAGCAAUUCCUUCCCACACGGACUCAUCUUCUUUCCAACGAACGGUCUCCUUAUACGAAUGGUGGCUCGUUAAAGCCAAAACCGAUUCCCAAGGAAAGCGUUUAGCCGUCGCUGGUGUCUCUUCCAGAAAGCAUGAGGCUUUGCGCAUUUUUGUUUCUGCUCCUGUUAUCAAAAGAUACGAUCUGUUUUCUCUGGCGACUGUGGAUGGGAUAUGCAUUCUCCUCAGUGGUUUCAUCAACGAGCAGCGCACGCUCGAAAAUGGUUUCACCGCUCAGGUUUUCAGCCACUUUUUAUUUGGCUUUCCUCUAGACUGGGAAAGCUGUGCUCUAGAUUGCUUCAGAGAAGAAUCAAGCACUGGCUCUGAUUUUGGUAGUGCUUUUCCUGAUGAUGUGUCAGCAACUAGUCCAGAAAUCAUACCUGAUAAUGGUAAUGAAUGCUUGUAA